AUGGGUUUAUUAACCAUUUUAAAAAAGAAUCGCCAAAAUGAAAAGGAGAUGCGUAUCCUCAUGUUAGGUCUAGACAAUGCUGGUAAAACCACCAUUUUGAAACGCAUCAAUGGUGAACCCAUCGACACUAUUUCACCCACACUAGGCUUUAAUAUUAAAACACUCGAGCAUGAAGGGUUCAAGCUGAAUAUUUGGGACGUGGGAGGACAAAAGUCUAUUCGUUCUUACUGGCGUAAUUACUUUGAACAAACCGAUGCACUCAUCUGGGUGGUCGAUUCGGCCGAUCGUUUACGAUUAGGGGAUUGUAAACGAGAAUUAAGCUUAUUAUUGCAAGAAGAACGGUUGGCAGGUGCAACGUUAUUGGUGUUUGCUAAUAAACAAGAUAUUGCGGGUGCUCUCACAGAAACCGAGAUUAAGAAUGCUUUGGGUUUGGAGGAUAUCAAGAGCCAUCAUUGGGCUAUUCUUGCAUGCAGUGCAGUAACAGGGGAAAAUUUAUUGAGGGGCAUGGAUUGGGUAGUAAAUGAUGUUGCAUCAAGAAUUUAUAUGCUUGAUUAA